UUUCAGAGACUCUGGUCAAACCUGCACAGUUCAUCACUGAACAGCAGCCAAGAUGAGCUCAGCUGAGCGUUCAUAUCUUCCAGGUGAGUUGAAACCUGUAUUUAACAUCAUCCUGCUGGGAAACUCUGGGACAGGAAAGAGCGCCUCAGGAAACACCCUCCUGAAGGCUGGAAAGCACCGGCGUAAUCCAGGUCAGCUUUUUGCGUCUUAUCCGAGCUCCACAGCAGUGACCACCACGUGUGAGCAGAUCGUGGUGAAGAUGUUUGGGAGACUUGUUGGAGUGGUCGACACCCCAGACUUCUUUAAUGAAGACAAACCUGCAGAUGAGGCACAGAUACAGGAGUGUAAGAAGUACUGCAAGCCGAGGCAGUUUGUGAUCUUACUUGUGAUACAGCUGGGCCGCUUCACCGAUGGUGAGAGAGGAAUCUUACAGAAGCUGGAGAACGAGUUUGGCAGCAUCAGGGACAACACCAUCAUCCUGUUUACACAUGGAGAAGAUCUGCACUGUAACGUGGAGGAGUUUAUAGGUGACCGGAGUCACCUCAGGGACAUUGUGGAGGCUUGUGGUAAUCGUUACCACGUGUUCAGCAACAACUCCAACGACUCCAAACAGGUCAAAGCUCUCUUCGAGAGAUUUGAACCCAUGUUCCCAAACUUCAGAACAAAGGAAUCAUUUCCUCUGUUCUGCUGCGGUUAGCUUUGAUUGAGUCACACCAAACAGCCACAUGUUUGAUUAUUUUCAAUUCAAUUCAAUUCAAUUUUAUUUAUAUAGCGCCAAAUCACAACAAACUGUCGCCUCAAGGCGCUUUGUAUUGUGGGUAAAGACCCUACAAUUAUGAGCAACAAUGUUUCCAGCUUCCACAGAAUAACCAUAACAUGCAGUUUGUGUUCGCUUUGGCUGACUCGCCCUCAGUGUCUGAAUGAAAGCAUGGAAACUAUCUACAAGUUUGUGCAGAGUGUCGAGUACACGUGUGAUCUUUGAAGCUGUCUCAGUGUAUAAUAAUUACUAUUAUUUAAUAACCUUCCAUUCUAUACAUUUGCUUUAAUAUGUACUCUAAACUGCUGGACAAAGUUACUGAACAUUUGUAAACUGAUGUCAGAUGUGAAGAUAACUGAUGACUUGUGUUCAGUAAGUGUGUAACUUCCAUUAAACAGGCUGCAGUAUGAUGAUGUGAUGAUGAGGAGGUAAAUGAAUCGUGGCUCACAGCCACUUUUUCUGAAACUGAUGUUCAUGUAAAGUAAA